AUGAACAGGACGCUCUCGAAUGUGCGUAGUGGAUAUUUGCGUCUCCACACCGAGGGCGGUACCGUCAUUAGGAAGCAGGUUCAAGAAUGGCCUCCGGAGAACGCUCAAUCCAGUCCAGUUCCCAAUCCCAUUUCAUUUAACUCAAACUCCUGUGUUUGUGGAAGACGGUUCCAGAUCUAUUCAUGUUCCACCAAGGCGGAGUGGCCAAGUUUUCCAGCUAGGAAGUCAUUCUGA